AUGGGAAAGCCUGACCCCGAUGCUGCUCGACCUCCGUCUAUUCCUUCGGCCCCAGUUGAAGAUGAGCACCAAGGCGCCUCGAGUUCGGCUGGUCCGGUCUCUCCUGUAAACGCCUCUCCUCCGCCCAACUAUGGAUCUACUCAGCAACAGAAUUCUUAUUCUCCCCAAACCAAUCAAAUGGGUCCUCAGGGUCAGCAGGCUAUGCCUCCGCCGCCUUCGUAUGAUGAUGCCGUCAAUUGUCCAGCUCCUCCAUAUCUCCCCAGUGGUGUCCCAAAACCCAUGCCAGGACCUCAAAUUGGACAACCCAUCUAUCCCCCACCUCCAAUCUCCGGCACCGGAUAUGUUCUCCAGGCUCCUGGUAGGACAGCUAAAAAUUUUACAACAAUUGCUUUAGCUGAUGCCUCCAAUCAGCCUCGAAUCAUCCACACGACCACCGUAAUUACUCCAGUAGCCGGUACAGCCUGUAUCCAUUGUCUAGUGAGUUCUUUCUCCAAUUAUUUAUCUCCGUUUAGGUUGGUCAAGUUCAAAACGAAACUGAUUUGUGCUGCCUGAUAUGUCUGAUACUCUUCGCGAUCUUCACUUUCCCGAUGGGUCUUGUCCUUCUUUGUUGCAUCCCUUGUACAGUCAGACAACGAUGUAGUCGUUGUCGACGACUUCAGUGA